UAUAUUUUAUAUACAUUAUGCAUUCUCUUUUGUGUAUUCAAAAGCACAUACAUGAUUUUUAACAGAUUAAAGUAUGAAGACUUUACAGACAUAUUUGAUUGUGUCAUUGGUGCCAUAUUGCGCAUGCGUAUUGCUCAACAUCCGUCCAUUUCAAAGGGCAAUUCUACAGGCGCACAACUUUUACAGACGAAAUGAACCUGCCUCAAACAUGAGACUUCUUAGAUGGGACCGUUACUUAGAGCUUCGAGCUGCCAGGUGGAGUGAAACGUGUUACUUUGAACAUCAAAGAGGCGGUCUUGGAGAAAAUUUAUCUUACUUUAGCAGUACUGGGCGUCCUGUCCCUCCGCGAUCUGUGAUACAGCGGUCUAUCGGACUGUGGGCUGCUGAGAAACGUCUUUACCGUUGGUCUAGAGGGUGUGGGGCUGCCUGUCACUAUACCCAGUUGAUAUGGGCUCGAACGUCAAGAGUUGGAUGUUCAUUAAGUUUCUGUCCGGUAAUGAGGGUAGGUCGAGGACAGAUUCAAAGAAAUGCGAUGUAUUUUGCUUGUUUCUAUGCACCAGCUGGUAAUUAUAUUGGUCAAUACCCAUUUAUACCUGGACGACGGUGCUCAAGGUGUGGUCGAGGCGAAGCUUGUGUUGGCGGUCUCUGUGCAGGUCGCAUUCAAAGAUUUUUUGGCCGCCGGCGAAGACGUUCAGUGAAAAUGUCAAGCAAAAAAGAGUUUAUGGGAAUUGUGUCAGAGAAAUCUCAAGGAAUUUAGGAUAGUGGAUCAUUGUCCUGUUAAUUGCUAUAGAAUUCUGAACAAAGCGGAAUUUUCGUUCGUCAUGACAACAUGGACAGCUUGUACCCUAAUCUAUUACUAAAUUGCACACAUUUACACACAGUAA